AUUUGCAAAGCAAGAUGAGAAGUUGCUUGUUUACCACCAUGGCUCAACCACCAGACCAUUGAAGUUUGCAGAAUGAAAUUAAUCCAACGAUUAAUUUAAAUUAUAAUCCACCGAUUUCUAAGAUCAGGACUUACAUUGGCACCUGCUCACCAGGAGCCUUAUCUCAAGCCAUGGCAGAAUCCAGAGACUACGUUGGAGUCUUCCUCACUGAAUUUAAGCAAGAAAUCAUUGUACGAGCAAGACAAGUCAGCGACAUCACAGAGGCAGUCUUCUGCCAAAGUUUGAUUCAUGACAGCACAGUUCGUCAAAUCCAGCAUGCUCCUACUGAGCAGGAGGCGAUGAAACUUCUCUUUGAGGCCCUAGAAAGAUCAUCUUCUCAGCAAAGAGCGUCCUUCCACCUGAUACUAAGAAUGACUGAACCUGAACUUAUUCACGAACUAGAAUGGAGACAACGAAACACCAAGUGUACUCAGACUGAAGAGGAUCUAUCAUGUGGCGAAAGAAAAGAGGAAGACUAUAAGCGUGGACACGGGGCUGACUCGCAGAUAAAGAAAGAUUCACUGGCGAGAAGAAGACUCAUGAAAAUGGAACAGGAGUUAAAUCGUGAAAAGCACAUACUUGAGCAAAUAAGAGCUAACCUGCAAAGAGAAAGAAAUGUUCUGGAAAACAAACAUGUUGAAAUUGUCAGAGAGAGACAGAACUGUGAAAAUGUGCAAGCUGAGGUUCAGAAAGCAAAACAAGAAAUUGAGAAGAGCAGGGAAGAGUUAAAACUUGAGGCAGAUCGGCUAAACCAACUGACAGCUGAUAUGCUUAAAGAGAAAGUACUCUUGGAGAACAGAUAUAACGAGACCAACAAGUUUUACAGGAACAAAGAAGAGUUGAAUAAAAACAUAGAGAUGAUGAGAAAUGAAAUAAAGCAAAUGCAAGAGAUGAAAACUAAACUGAUGGGACAGAAGGACGAUGUGGAGGCCAAACUAGAGAAGGCAAUAAAGGAAAUUCAUAAACUUCAACAGCUGAAGAUAGACCUACAGAGACGAAAUGAAGAAACUGAGUACAAAUUCAUACAGACACAGAGCAAUAUGGAUGAAAUUGAACAGAAGAAGGCUGAAAUACUAAAACAAAAAGAGGAGGUUGAAAACAAAAUGCGACUUGUGAAAACAGAGGCAGAAAAAUUGCAAUGGGUCAAGGAGGAAAUACAACAACAAAGAAAAGAAUUAGAAGAAAGGAUGCAGUGGGCAAAACGAGAGAUGGAAGAGCUGGAACUUAUGAAAAAAGAGAUGGACACGAAAAGAAAACAUUUUGACCAAAUGAUGAAGCAGACCACUCGAAGAACGGGUGAAAUAGACAGAAUUAGAGCGGAAAUGCAGAAAGAAAGAGUGGAAAUUGAACACAAAAGGGAUGAAAUACAAAAAGCAAGAGAGGACUUCCAGCUAAGGGUUGAGAAAAACAGUCUUCACAUGGAAGAAAACGAAGGGAUAAAUGCUAAGAUUGUAAACCUCAUUUAUCAAAUUGAAAGAACAAGGGAAAUUUUAUGGGAUACAACCUUUAAUAUGGAAAAUACAAUCCCAGAAAGCCAAUUAGGAGCAGUAGAAGUAAAUAAGAUGAAAUGCGAAAUGCAGAGACUAGUAGUAGAAAUUGAAUACAUCAGAGAAAUGUUACAGUGGCUUAAAACAGAAACUGAUCAAAGCAAGGAGGUUAAUCGGAGGGAAAAGGAAGACAUAAGAAUGUUAAAGCUUGAGAUCCAACGAAGAAAAAGAGACCUUGAAAAGAAAGAAGAAAAGAUUAGGAGAGAACAAGGUGACUUAGAAAUCAUGAGUGCCAAGAUACAGCAACAAAAAAAAGAAUUGUCAAGAACUUUGGAAGAAAUACGUAAAAAUAAAAUGUGGCAGGCAACGGACAAUUUGCCAAAAACGAUGGAUGAAAUAGACCAUGACAAAGAGAGUAAAGGCAGGGUAGUUGAUAAACUUUUGCUUGACCAAAGAGAGACUGAACUGAAUCAACAAAAACAAAUUCUGGAGAAAAAUCUAAAGGAAGUAAUGGAGGAGAGAAGUAAACUCGGCAUGAUGAGAAUGGAACUUGAAUCUCAAAUACAUGACGUAGAAGACAACAGGAAGGAAAUAAAACAGAAGAAAGAGGAACUUGAUGAGUUGAUAAAAGGCAUAGAUAUGGAGAAAAAAGCAAUUGAAAAGAACAGCCUCUUAAAUCAUAAUAUGAGAAAUGAGUUAGAAGCAAGAAGGGCAAAACUGAAUGCUGAACAAGAAGUUAUCAUCCUUGAAAAACAAGAAAUACAGAAUGAGAGAAAAAGCUUGGAGCAGUCAAAGGCAUCUAUGCAGAGUGAAAUGCAGGACUUGAAGAACGCUUUAGAAAAAGCCAAGAUGGACAUACAAAACCUGGAAGAAAUUAAGACACGAUUAGAAAAAGAACAAUUCAGAAUCAUUGGUGACACAAAUCAAGAGAAGCAUGCCUUGGAGAAGAUGGUGACUGAGAUAGCAAAGGAAAAGGGAGAUAUUGAAACAACAAAAGCCCUUCUUGAAAAAGACAAAAAUAAUCUGGACAACAAGUGGAUGGACUUGCAGAGAAGAGAGGAGGAGUUGCAACUGCAAAUAACAAGUCAAAGGGAAAAAGAGGACAGUGACCGUCUGAUAAUGGAGGAACAGAGAAAAGCACUGGAAAAAGAAAUUGAUGAGAUGAACCAACAGAAAAAAGAGGCAGAAAAAGAAAGGGAAGACAUAUUGAAGAAAAGAAAAGAACUUAAUACUCUCAAAGCGCAACUUAUAAAAGAGGGUGAAGAAAUGCAGGAAACCAAAAAGAAGAUAAUAAUGGACAAAGAAAUACUUGACCAAAGACAGACAGACAUUCAACAACAAAACAAAAUUCUGGAGGACAAUAUGAAAGAAAUGAUUGAGGAUAAAUGUAAGCUGGAUAAGAUGAAAAUGGAAUCUGAAGCACAGAUACAAGAAAUGGACAUUGUCAGGGAGAAGAUGAAGCAAGAGAGAAAUGAUUUUGAUCGGUUGAUGAAUUACUUGCGAAUAGAAAAACAGAAUAUUGAAAAGGAUAUAUCCCUAAACAACAAUCUGAGAAAUGAACUAGAAGAAAUGAAGACAAAACUACAUGCUGAACAAAAAGUUAUCACCCUUGAAAAGCAAAAAAUAGAGAAUGAGAGAAAAAGUUUUCAGUUGUCAGAGGCAACUAUGCAGAGAGAAAUCGAGGACAUGAAGAAUGCUUUGGAAAAAGUCAGGAUAAGCAUGCAAGAACUAGAACAAGAAGCAAAGCAAUAUGGAAUUCAUGUUGAAGAAAUAAAUCAGAAGAAGAAUGACCUGGAAUUGAUGCCUGCAGCAACAUCAGAACAAAAUGCUGCUAAGAAAAAUAAAGAUAUGGGAACUGAGUUAAAGAAACAGAAGGAAAAUCUAAAGGCUGAAACAGAAAAGGCAAUGAAAGAAAUGUAUCAACUUGAACAGCUGAAAGUAGACACGCAGAUACAGAAUGAUGAGGUCGAGAACAAUAGAAUUGAGCAGAUGAAGGCUGAGAUACUUAAGCAAAAGAAUGAGGUUGAAGAAAAAAUGCGUCUUGUGAAAAUAGAGAUGGAAAAGAUACAACAGGUCAAGGAGGAAAUUCAACAACAAAGAAAUGAACUGGAGGAAAGGGCACAGAGGAUCAAACGAGAGAUGGCAGAAAUGGAGCUUGAGAAAAAAGAGAUGGAAAGUAUGAGAAAAGAUCUUAACCAAAGGAUGAAGCAUGUAAAAAGGAAAAAAGAUGAGCUAGACAGAAUAAGGGAAGAAAUCCAGAAAGAAAAAGAAGAAAUGGAAAGCAAAUGGGCAAUAGCUGAGAAGCAGAGAUAUGAAAUAGAAUGUGCUGAAGCUGAAAUACAAAGAACAAAAGAGGAAUUUGAGAAAAGCGUCAAAGAAGUCACUUCGGAUAUGGAACAAAAAGAAGAGAUAAGUGCUGAGAUUAUCAGUAUUAUUGACCUGAUUGAACAGACUAGAGAAAUUGCACGGAACACCAAAAUUCACUUUGAAAGUAGAAUGUCAGAAAAACAACAAGUGGCAGUAGAGGAAAACAGUAUUAAAAUAGAAAUGGACAGACUUGUUCUAGAAAUUGAAAACAUUAGAGAGAUGUUACAACAACUUAAAUUAGAAAUGAAGCAAAAUCAGGAGGUGUUUAAAAGAGAAAAAGAAGGCAUGAAAAUGUUAAAGACAGAAAUGCAGCGAAGAAAAAGAGACCUUGAACACAAAGCAGAACAGAAUAUGAGAGAACGAGGUGAAUUAGAAGUGAUGAGUGCCAAAAUAAUGCAAAAAAAGAAAGAAUUGGAGGUAACAUAUGAAGAAAUAAGAAAAACUAAAGGAAGGCAGACAGAAGAAGAUGCACAAAGAGCAGUGGAUGAAAGAGUGAAUGGCAAAAUGAAAGAAAAGAAAACACAGGACAAACUGCUAGAUCAUGAAAAACUGCAGAUGGAGCUGGAACCAAAGGCUGCCUUGGAGAAGAUGGGUGCUGAAAUGGCAAAGCAAAAGCAAGACAUUGAGGCUAACCAAGCCCUUCUGGAGAAGGAGAAAAAUGAUCUUGAAAAGAAUUGUCUGGAUCUGCAGAGAAGAGAGGAAGAGUUGCAAUCGCAAAUUGCAAAGAUGACGAAAGAGAAAGAAGAAGUUGAUAAAAUCAGGAAAGAAAUAACCAUGAAGGAGCAAGAUGUUGAAGAGCAACAGUCUAUGAUCAACAAUGUGAAAAAAGAGCUGGAAAAAAUAAAGGAGAAACUGAAAGAGGACCAAGAAGCUAUCACUCUUGAAAAGGAAGUUUUAGAGAAUGAGAGAAAAAGACGUGACCAAUCAAUGGCCUCUAUGCAGAAGGAAAUGCAGGACAUAAGGAACGCUCUAGAAAAAGCCAAGAUGGACGUACAAAACGUGGAGGAAAUUAACAGAAGAUUGGCACAGGAAAUAGAUGAAUGCAGACUUAUUGCUGAAGACACGAAGAAACAAAAGGCUGCCUUGGACAAUAUGGCUGCUGAAAUGGCGAAGCAAAAGCAAGACAUUGACGCUAACCAAACCCUUCUGGAGAAAGAGAAAAAUGAUCUUGAAAAGAAUUGUCUGGAUUUGCAGAGAAGAGAGGAAGAGUUGCAAUUGCAAAUUGCAAAGAUGAACCAAGAGAAAGAAGAAUUUGAUAAAAUCAGGAAAGAAAUAACCAUGAAGGAGCAAGAUGUUGAAGAGCGAAAGUCUAUGAUCAACAAUGUGAAAAAAGAGCUGGAACAAAUGAAGGAGAAACUGAAAGAGAACCAAGAAGCUAUAACUCUUGAAAAGAAAGAGUUAGAGAAUGAGAGAAAAAGACUUGACCAAUCAAUGGCCUCUAUGCAGAAGGAAAUGCAGGACAUGAGUAACACUCUGGAAAAAGCCAAGAUGGACGUACAAAACGUGGAGGAAAUUAACAGAAGUUUGGCACAGGAAAUAGAUGAAUGCAGACUUAUUGCUGAAGACACAAAGCAACAGAAGGAUGCCUUGGAGAAGAUUGGUGCUGAAAUGGCAAAGCAAAAGCAAGACACUGAGGCUAAUCAAGACCUUCUGGAGAAAGAGAAAAAUGAUCUGGUAAAGAAAUGUCUGGAUUUGCAGAGAAGAGAGGAGGAGUUGCAAGCACAAACUGCAAAUAUAACAAAAGAGAAAGAAGAAGUUGAUAAAAUCAGGAAAGAAAUAACCAUGAAGGAGCAAGAUGUUGAAGAGCAACAGUCUAUGAUCAACAAUGUGAAGACAGAGCUAGAAAAAAUGAUGGUGAAACUGAAAGAGGACCAAGAAGCUAUGGCUCUUGAAAAGCAAGAGUUAGAGAAUGAGAGACAAAGAGUUGAUCAGAAAAACGUAUCUAUGCAGAAGGAAAUGCAGGACAUGAGGAACGCUCUAGAAAAAGGCAAGAUGGACGUACAAAACGUGGAGGAAAUAAACAGGAGAUUGGCAGAGGAAAUAGAUGAAUGCAGACUUAUUGCUGAAGACACAAAGAAACAAAAGGCUGCCUUGGACAAUAUGGCUGCUGAAAUGGCGAAGCAAAAGCAGAACAUUGAGGCUAACCAAGCCCUUCUGGAAAAAGAGAAAAAUGAUCUUGAAAAGAAUUGUCUGGAUCUGCAGAGAAGAGAGGAAGAGUUGCAAUCGCAAAUUGCAAAGAUGAAGCAAGAGAAAGAAGAAUUUGAUAAAAUCAGGAAAGAAAUAACCAUGAAGGAGCAAGAUGUUGAAGAGCAAAAGUCUAUGAUCAACACUGUGAAAGAAGAGCUGGAACAAAUGAAGGAGAAACUGAAAGAGGACCAAGAAGCUAUAACUCUUGAAAAGGAAGAGUUAGAGAAUGAGAAAAAAAGACUUGACCAAUCAAUGUCUUCUAUGCAGAAGGAAAUGCAGGACAUGAGGAACACUCUAGAAAAAGCCAAGAUGGACGUAAAAAACGUGGAGGAAAUUAACAGACGAUUGGCACAGGAAAUAGUUGAAUGCAGACUUAUUGCUGAAGACACAAAGAAACAAAAGGCUGCCUUGGACAAUAUGGCUGCUGAAAUGGCGAAGCAAAAGCACAACAUUGAGGCUAACCAAGCCCUUCUGGAGACAAAGAAAAAUGAUCUUGAAAAGAAUUGUCUGGAUUUGCAGAAAAGAGAGGAGGAGUUGCAAUCGCAAAUUGCAAAGAUGAAGCAAGAGAAAGAUGAAGUUGAUAAAAUCAGGAAAGAAAUAACCAUGAAGGAGCAAGAUGUUGAAGAGCAACAGUCUAUGAUCAAAAAUGUGAAAAAAGAGCUAGAACAAACAAAGGAGAAACUGAAAGAGGACCACGACGCUAUCACUCUUGAAAAGGAAGAGUUAGAGAAUGAGAAAAAACGACUUGACCAAUCAAUGGCCUCUAUGCAGAAGGAAAUGCAGGACAUGAGGAACGCUCUAGAAAAAGCCAAGAUGGACGUACAAAACGUGGAGGAAAUUAACAGAAGUUUGGCACAGGAAAUAGAUGAAUGCAGACUUAUUGCUGAAGACACAAAGCAACAGAAAGAUGCCUUGGAGAAGAUUGGUGCUGAAAUGGCAAAGCAAAAGCAAGACACUGAGGCUAAUCAAGACCUUCUGGAGAAAGAGAAAAAUGAUCUUGAAAAGAAAUGUCUGGAUUUGCAGAGAAGAGAGGAAGAGUUGCAAGCACAAACUGCAAAUAUAACAAAAGAGAAAGAAGAAGUUGAUAAAAUCAGGAAAGAAAUAACCAUGAAGGAGCAAGAUGUUGAAGAGCAAAAGUCUAUGAUCAACAAUGUGAAAAAAGAGCUGGAACAAAUGAAGGAGAAACUGAAAGAGAACCAAGAAGCUAUAACUCUUGAAAAGAAAGAGUUAGAGAAUGAGAGAAAAAGACUUGACCAAUCAAUGGCCUCUAUGCAGAAGGAAAUGCAGGACAUGAGUAACACUCUGGAAAAAGCCAAGAUGGACGUACAAAACGUGGAGGAAAUUAACAGAAGAUUGGCACAGGAAAUAGAUGAAUGCAGACUUAUGGCUAAAGACACAAAGCAACAGAAGGAUGUAUUGGAGAUCAUGGGUGCUGAAAUGGCAAAGCAAAAGCAAGACAUUGAGGCUAACCAAGCCCUUCUGGAGAAAGAAAAAAAUGAUCUUGAACAGACUUGUCUGGAUUUGCAGAGAAGAGAGGAGGAGUUGCAAUUGCAAAUAGCAAAGAUGAAGGAAGAGAAAGAAGAAUUUGAUAAAAUCAGGAAAGAAAUAACCAUGAAGGAGCAAGAUGUUGAAGAGCAAAAGUCUAUGAUAAACACUGUGAAAAACGAGCUGGAACAAAUGAAGGAGAAACUGAAAGAUGACCAAGAAGCUAUAUGUGUUGAAAAGGAAGAGUUAGAGAAUGAGAAAAGAAAACUUGACCAAUCAGUGGCCUCUAAGCAGAAGGAAAUGCAGGACAUGAGAAUUGGUCUGGAAAAAGCCAAGAUGGACGUACAAAACCUGGAGGAAAUUAACAGAAGAUUGGCACAGGAAAUAAAUCAAUGCAGACUUAUUGCUGAAGACACAAAACAACAGAAGGAUGCCUUGGAGAUAAUGGGUGCUGAAAUGGCAAAACAAAAGCAAGACAUUGAGGCUAAUCAAGCCCUUCUGGAGAAAGAGAAAAAUGAUCUUGAAAAGAAUUGUCUUGAUUUGCAGAGAAGAAAGGAGGAGUUGCAAGCACAAAUUGCAAUGAUGAAGGAAGAGAAAGAAGAAUUUGAUAAAAUCAGAAAAGAAAUAACCAUGAAGGAGCAAGAUGUUGAAGAGCAAAAGUCUAUGAUCAACACUGUGAAAAACGAGCUGGAACAAAUUAAGGAGAAACUGAAAGAGAACCAAGAAGCUAUAACUCUUGAAAAGGAAGAGAUAGAGAAUGAGAAAAGAAGACUUGACCAAUCAAUGGCCUCUAUGCAGAAGGAAAUGCAGGACAUGAGGAAUGCUCUAGACAAAGCCAAGAUGGACGUACAAAACGUGGAGGAAAUUAACAGAAGAUUGGCACAGGAAAUAGAUGAAUGCAGACUUAUUGCUGAAGAUACAAAGCAACAGAAGGAUGCCUUGGAGAAGAUUGGUGCUGAAAUAGCAAAGCAAAAGCAAGACACUGAGGCUAAUCAAGACCUUCUGGAGAAAGAGAAAAAUGAUCUGGUAAAGAAAUGUCUGGAUUUGCAGAGAAGAGAGGAGGAGUUGCAAGCACAAACUGCAAAUAUAACAAAAGAGAAAGAAGAAGUUGAUAAAAUCAGGAAAGAAAUAACGAUGAAGGAGCAAGAUGUUGAAGAGCAACAGUCUAUGAUCAACAAUGUGAAGACAGAGCUAGAAAAAAUGAUGGUGAAACUGAAAGAGGACCAAGAAGCUAUGGCUCUUGAAAAGCAAGAGUUAGAGAAUGAGAGACAAAGAGUUGAUCAGAAAAACGUAUCUAUGCAGAAGGAAAUGCAGGACAUGAGGAACGCUCUAGAAAAAGCCAAGAUGGACGUACAAAACGUGGAGGAAAUUAACAGGAGAUUGGCAGAGGAAAUAGAUGAAUGCAGACUUAUUGCUGAAGACACAAAGAAACAAAAGGCUGCCUUGGACAAUAUGGCUGCUGAAAUGGCGAAGCAAAAGCAGAACAUUGAGGCUAACCAAGCCCUUCUGGAAAAAGAGAAAAAUGAUCUUGAAAAGAAUUGUCUGGAUCUGCAGAGAAGAGAGGAAGAAUUGCAAUCGCAAAUUGCAAAGAUGAAGCAAGAGAAAGAAGAAUUUGAUAAAAUCAGGAAAGAAAUAACCAUGAAGGAGCAAGAUGUUGAAGAGCAAAAGUCUAUGAUCAACACUGUGAAAGAAGAGCUAGAACAAACAAAGGAGAAACUGAAAGAGGACCACGAUGCUAUCACUCUUGAAAAGGAAGAGUUAGAGAAUGAGAAAAAACGACUUGACCAAUCAAUGGCCUUUAUGCAGAAGGAAAUGCAGGACAUGAGGAAUGCUCUAGAAAAAUCCAAGAUGGACGUACAAAAUGUGGAGGAAAUUAACAGAAGAUUGGCACAGGAAAUAGAUGAAUGCAGACUUAUUGCUGAAGACACAAAGCAACAGAAGGAUGCCUUGGAGAAGAUGGGUGCUGAAAUGGCAAAGCAAAAGCAAGACUUUGAGGCUAAUCAAGACCUUCUGGAGAAAGAGAAAAAUGAUCUGGAAAAGAAAUGUCUGGAUUUGCAGAGAAGAGAGGAGGAGUUGAAAUUGCAAAUUGCAAAGAUGAAGCAAGAGAAAGAAGAAUUUGAUAAAAUCAGGAAAGAAAUAACCAUGAAGGAGCAAGAUGUUGAAGAGCAACAGUCUAUGAUCAAAAAUGUGAAAAAAGAGCUGGAACAAACAAAGGAGAAACUGAAAGAGGACCAAGAAGCUAUCACUCUUGAAAAGGAAGAGUUAGAGAAUGAGAAAAAACGACUUGUCCAAUCAAUGGCCUCUAUGCAGAAGGAAAUGCAGGACAUGAGGAACGCUCUAGAAAAAGCCAAGAUGGACGUACAAAACGUGGAGGAAAUUAACAGAAGUUUGGCACAGGAAAUAGAUGAAUGCAGACUUAUUGCUGAAGACACAAAGCAACAGAAAGAUGCCUUGGAGAAGAUUGGUGCUGAAAUGGCAAAGCAAAAGCAAGACACUGAGGCUAAUCAAGACCUUCUGGAGAAAGAGAAAAAUGAUCUGGAAAAGAAAUGUCUGGAUUUGCAGAGAAGAGAGGAGGAGUUGCAAGCACAAACUGCAAAUAUAACAAAAGAGAAAGAAGAAGUUGAUAAAAUCAGGAAAGAAAUAACUAUGAAGGAGCAAGAUGUUGAAGAGCAACAGUCUAUGAUCAACAAUGUGAAGACAGAGCUAGAAAAAAUGAUGGUGAAACUGAAAGAGGACCAAGAAGCUAUGGCUCUUGAAAAGCAAGAGUUAGAGAAUGAGAGACAAAGACUUGAUCAGAAAAACAGAUCUAUGCAGAAGGAAAUGCAGGACAUGAGGAACGCUCUAGAAAAAGCCAAGAUGGACGUACAAAAUGUGGAGGAAAUUAACAGACGAUUGGCACAGGAAAUAGAUGAAUGCAGACUUAUUGCUGAAGACACAAAGCAACAGAAGGAUGCCUUGGAGAAGAUGGGUGCUGAAAUGGCAAAGCAAAAGCAAGACUUUGAGGCUAAUCAAGACCUUCUGGAGAAAGAGAAAAAUGAUCUGGAAAAGAAAUGUCUGGAUUUGCAGAGAAGAGAGGAGGAGUUGAAAUUGCAAAUUGCAAAGAUGAAGCAAGAGAAAGAAGAAUUUGAUAAAAUCAGGAAAGAAAUAACCAUGAAGGUGCAAGAUGUUGAAGAUCAACAGUCUAUGAUCAAAAAUGUGAAAAAAGAGCUGGAACAAACAAAGGAGAAACUGAAAGAGGACCACGACGCUAUCACUCUUGAAAAGGAAGAGUUAGAGAAUGAGAAAAAACGACUUGACCAAUCAAUGGCCUCUAUGCAGAAGGAAAUGCAGGACAUGAGGAAUGCUCUAGAAAAAGCCAAGAUGGACGUACAAAACGUGGAGGACAUUAACAGAAGACUGGCACAGGAAAUAGAUGAAUGCAGACUUAUUGCUGAAGACACAAAGAAACAAAAGGCUGCCUUGGACAAUAUGGCUGCUGAAAUGGCAAAGCAAAAGCAAGACAUUGAGGCUAACCAAGCCCUUCUGGAGGAAGACAAAAAUGAUUUUGAAAAGAAUUGUCUGGAUCUGCAGAGAAGAGAGGAGGAGUUGCAAGCACAAACUGCAAAUAUAACAAAAGAGAAAGAAGAAGUUGAUAAAAUCAGGAAAGAAAUAACCAUGAAGGAGCAAGAUGUUGAAGAGCAACAGUCUAUGAUCAACAAUGUGAAGACAGAGCUAGAAAAAAUGAUGGUGAAACUGAAAGAAGACCAAGAAGCUAUAACUCUUGAAAAGGAAGUUUUAGAGAAUGAGAGAAAAAGACUAGACCAAUCAAUGGCCUCUAUGGAGAAGGAAAUGCAGGACAUGAGGAACGCUCUAGAAAAAGCCAAGAUGGACGUACAAAAUGUGGAGGAAAUUAACAGAAGAUUGGCACAGGAAAUAGAUCAAUGCAGACUUAUUGCUGAAGACACAAAGAAACAAAAGGCUGCCUUGGACAAUAUGGCUGCUGAAAUGGCAAAGCAAAAGCAAGACAUUGAGGCUAACCAAGCCCUUCUGGAAAAAGAGAAAAAUGAUCUUGAAAAGAAUUGUCUGGAUUUGCAGAGAAGAGAGGAAGAGUUGCAAUCGCAAAUUGCAAAGAUGACGAAAGAGAAAGAAGAAUUUGAUAAAAUCAGGAAAGAAAUAACCAUGAAGGUGCAAGAUGUUGAAGAUCAACAGUCUAUGAUCAAAAAUGUGAAAAAAGAGCUGGAACAAACAAAGGAGAAACUGAAAGAGGACCACGACGCUAUCACUCUUGAAAAGGAAGAGUUAGAGAAUGAGAAAAAACGACUUGACCAAUCAAUGGCCUCUAUGCAGAAGGAAAUGCAGGACAUGAGGAAUGCUCUAGAAAAAGCCAAGAUGGACGUACAAAAUGUGGAGGAAAUUAACAGAAGAUUGGCACAGGAAAUAGAUCAAUGCAGACUUAUUGCUGAAGACACAAAGAAACAAAAGGCUGCCUUGGACAAUAUGGCUGCUGAAAUGGCAAAGCAAAAGCAAGACAUUGAGGCUAACCAAGCCCUUCUGGAAAAAGAGAAAAAUGAUCUUGAAAAGAAUUGUCUGGAUUUGCAGAGAAGAGAGGAAGAGUUGCAAUCGCAAAUUGCAAAGAUGACGAAAGAGAAAGAAGAAUUUGAUAAAAUCAGGAAAGAAAUAACCAUGAAGGUGCAAGAUGUUGAAGAUCAACAGUCUAUGAUCAAAAAUGUGAAAAAAGAGCUGGAACAAACAAAGGAGAAACUGAAAGAGGACCACGACGCUAUCACUCUUGAAAAGGAAGAGUUAGAGAAUGAGAAAAAACGACUUGACCAAUCAAUGGCCUCUAUGCAGAAGGAAAUGCAGGACAUGAGGAAUGCUCUAGAAAAAGCCAAGAUGGACGUACAAAACGUGGAGGACAUUAACAGAAGACUGGCACAGGAAAUAGAUGAAUGCAGACUUAUUGCUGAAGACACAAAGAAACAAAAGGCUGCCUUGGACAAUAUGGCUGCUGAAAUGGCAAAGCAAAAGCAAGACAUUGAGGCUAACCAAGCCCUUCUGGAGGAAGACAAAAAUGAUUUUGAAAAGAAUUGUCUGGAUCUGCAGAGAAGAGAGGAGGAGUUGCAAGCACAAACUGCAAAUAUAACAAAAGAGAAAGAAGAAGUUGAUAAAAUCAGGAAAGAAAUAACCAUGAAGGAGCAAGAUGUUGAAGAGCAACAGUCUAUGAUCAACAAUGUGAAGACAGAGCUAGAAAAAAUGAUGGUGAAACUGAAAGAAGACCAAGAAGCUAUAACUCUUGAAAAGGAAGUUUUAGAGAAUGAGAGAAAAAGACUAGACCAAUCAAUGGCCUCUAUGGAGAAGGAAAUGCAGGACAUGAGGAACGCUCUAGAAAAAGCCAAGAUGGACGUACAAAAUGUGGAGGAAAUUAACAGAAGAUUGGCACAGGAAAUAGAUCAAUGCAGACUUAUUGCUGAAGACACAAAGAAACAAAAGGCUGCCUUGGACAAUAUGGCUGCUGAAAUGGCAAAGCAAAAGCAAGACAUUGAGGCUAACCAAGCCCUUCUGGAAAAAGAGAAAAAUGAUCUUGAAAAGAAUUGUCUGGAUUUGCAGAGAAGAGAGGAAGAGUUGCAAUCGCAAAUUGCAAAGAUGACGAAAGAGAAAGAAGAAUUUGAUAAAAUCAGGAAAGAAAUAACCAUGAAGGUGCAAGAUGUUGAAGAUCAACAGUCUAUGAUCAAAAAUGUGAAAAAAGAGCUGGAACAAACAAAGGAGAAACUGAAAGAGGACCACGACGCUAUCACUCUUGAAAAGGAAGAGUUAGAGAAUGAGAAAAAACGACUUGACCAAUCAAUGGCCUCUAUGCAGAAGGAAAUGCAGGACAUGAGGAAUGCUCUAGAAAAAGCCAAGAUGGACGUACAAAAUGUGGAGGAAAUUAACAGAAGAUUGGCACAGGAAAUAGAUCAAUGCAGACUUAUUGCUGAAGACACAAAGAAACAAAAGGCUGCCUUGGACAAUAUGGCUGCUGAAAUGGCAAAGCAAAAGCAAGACAUUGAGGCUAACCAAGCCCUUCUGGAAAAAGAGAAAAAUGAUCUUGAAAAGAAUUGUCUGGAUUUGCAGAGAAGAGAGGAAGAGUUGCAAUCGCAAAUUGCAAAGAUGACGAAAGAGAAAGAAGAAUUUGAUAAAAUCAGGAAAGAAAUAACCAUGAAGGUGCAAGAUGUUGAAGAUCAACAGUCUAUGAUCAAAAAUGUGAAAAAAGAGCUGGAACAAACAAAGGAGAAACUGAAAGAGGACCACGACGCUAUCACUCUUGAAAAGGAAGAGUUAGAGAAUGAGAAAAAACGACUUGACCAAUCAAUGGCCUCUAUGCAGAAGGAAAUGCAGGACAUGAGGAAUGCUCUAGAAAAAGCCAAGAUGGACGUACAAAACGUGGAGGACAUUAACAGAAGACUGGCACAGGAAAUAGAUGAAUGCAGACUUAUUGCUGAAGACACAAAGAAACAAAAGGCUGCCUUGGACAAUAUGGCUGCUGAAAUGGCAAAGCAAAAGCAAGACAUUGAGGCUAACCAAGCCCUUCUGGAGGAAGACAAAAAUGAUUUUGAAAAGAAUUGUCUGGAUCUGCAGAGAAGAGAAGAGGAGUUGCAAUUGCAAAUUGGAAAGAUGAAGGAAGAGAAAGAAGAAGUUGAUAAAAUCAGGAAAGAAAUAACCAUGAAGGAGCAAGAUGUUGAAGAGCAACAGUCUAUGAUCAACAAUGUGAAGACAGAGCUAGAAAAAAUGAUGGUGAAACUGAAAGAGGACCAAGAAGCUAUGGCUCUUGAAAAGCAAGAGUUAGAGAAUGAGAGACAAAGACUUGAUCAGAAAAACGGAUCUAUGCAGAAGGAAAUGCAGGACAUGAGGAACGCUCUAGAAAAAGCCAAGAUGGACGUACAAAACGUGGAGGAAAUUAACAGACGAUUGGCACAGGAAAUAGAUGAAUGCAGACUUAUUGCUGAAGACACAAAGAAACAAAAGGCUGCCUUGGACAAUAUGGCUGCUGAAAUGGCGAAGCAAAAGCAGAACAUUGAGGCUAACCAAGCCCUUCUGGAAAAAGAGAAAAAUGAUCUUGAAAAGAAUUGUCUGGAUCUGCAGAGAAGAGAGGAGGAGUUGAAAUUGCAAAUUGCAAAGAUGAAGCAAGAGAAAGAAGAAUUUGAUAAAAUUAGGAAAGAAAUAACCAUGAAGGAGCAAGAUGUUGAAGAGCAACAGUCUAUGAUCAAAAAUGUGAAAAAAGAGCUGGAACAAACAAAGGAGAAACUGAAAGAGAACCAAGAAGCUAUAACUCUUGAAAAGGAAGAGUUAGAGAAUGAGAAAAAACGACUUGACCAAUCAAUGGCCUCUAUGCAGAAGGAAAUGCAGGACAUGAGGAACGCUCUAGAAAAAGCCAAGAUGGACAUACAAAACGUGGACGAAAUUAACAGAAGUUUGGCACAGGAAAUAGAUGAAUGCAGACUUAUUGCUGAAGACACAAAGAAACAAAAGGCUGCCUUGGACAAUAUGGCUGCUGAAAUGGCAAAGCAAAAGCAAGACAUUGAGGCUAACCAAGCCCUUCUGGAGGAAGACAAAAAUGAUUUUGAAAAGAAUUGUCUGGAUCUGCAGAGAAGAGAAGAGGAGUUGCAAUUGCAAAUUGGAAAGAUGAAGGAAGAGAAAGAAGAAUUUGAUAAAAUCAGGAAAGAAAUAACCAUGAAGGAGCAAGAUGUUGAAGAGCAACAGUCUAUGAUCAACAAUGUGAAGACAGAGCUAGAAAAAAUGAUGGUGAAACUGAAAGAGGACCAAGAAGCUAUGGCUCUUGAAAAGCAAGAGUUAGAGAAUGAGAGACAAAGACUUGAUCAGAAAAACGGAUCUAUGCAGAAGGAAAUGCAGGACAUGAGGAACGCUCUAGAAAAAGCCAAGAUGGACGUACAAAAUGUGGAGGAAAUUAACAGAAGAUUGGCACAGGAAAUAGAUCAAUGCAGACUUAUUGCUGAAGACACAAAGAAACAAAAGGCUGCCUUGGACAAUAUGGCUGCUGAAAUGGCAAAGCAAAAGCAAGACAUUGAGGCUAACCAAGCCCUUCUGGAAAAAGAGAAAAAUGAUCUUGAAAAGAAUUGUCUGGAUUUGCAGAGAAGAGAGGAAGAGUUGCAAUCGCAAAUUGCAAAGAUGACGAAAGAGAAAGAAGAAUUUGAUAAAAUCAGGAAAGAAAUAACCAUGAAGGUGCAAGAUGUUGAAGAUCAACAGUCUAUGAUCAAAAAUGUGAAAAAAGAGCUGGAACAAACAAAGGAGAAACUGAAAGAGGACCACGACGCUAUCACUCUUGAAAAGGAAGAGUUAGAGAAUGAGAAAAAACGACUUGACCAAUCAAUGGCCUCUAUGCAGAAGGAAAUGCAGGACAUGAGGAAUGCUCUAGAAAAAGCCAAGAUGGACGUACAAAACGUGGAGGACAUUAACAGAAGACUGGCACAGGAAAUAGAUGAAUGCAGACUUAUUGCUGAAGACACAAAGAAACAAAAGGCUGCCUUGGACAAUAUGGCUGCUGAAAUGGCAAAGCAAAAGCAAGACAUUGAGGCUAACCAAGCCCUUCUGGAGGAAGACAAAAAUGAUUUUGAAAAGAAUUGUCUGGAUCUGCAGAGAAGAGAGGAGGAGUUGCAAGCACAAACUGCAAAUAUAACAAAAGAGAAAGAAGAAGUUGAUAAAAUCAGGAAAGAAAUAACCAUGAAGGAGCAAGAUGUUGAAGAGCAACAGUCUAUGAUCAACAAUGUGAAGACAGAGCUAGAAAAAAUGAUGGUGAAACUGAAAGAAGACCAAGAAGCUAUAACUCUUGAAAAGGAAGUUUUAGAGAAUGAGAGAAAAAGACUAGACCAAUCAAUGGCCUCUAUGGAGAAGGAAAUGCAGGACAUGAGGAACGCUCUAGAAAAAGCCAAGAUGGACGUACAAAAUGUGGAGGAAAUUAACAGAAGAUUGGCACAGGAAAUAGAUCAAUGCAGACUUAUUGCUGAAGACACAAAGAAACAAAAGGCUGCCUUGGACAAUAUGGCUGCUGAAAUGGCAAAGCAAAAGCAAGACAUUGAGGCUAACCAAGCCCUUCUGGAAAAAGAGAAAAAUGAUCUUGAAAAGAAUUGUCUGGAUUUGCAGAGAAGAGAGGAAGAGUUGCAAUCGCAAAUUGCAAAGAUGACGAAAGAGAAAGAAGAAUUUGAUAAAAUCAGGAAAGAAAUAACCAUGAAGGUGCAAGAUGUUGAAGAUCAACAGUCUAUGAUCAAAAAUGUGAAAAAAGAGCUGGAACAAACAAAGGAGAAACUGAAAGAGGACCACGACGCUAUCACUCUUGAAAAGGAAGAGUUAGAGAAUGAGAAAAAACGACUUGACCAAUCAAUGGCCUCUAUGCAGAAGGAAAUGCAGGACAUGAGGAAUGCUCUAGAAAAAGCCAAGAUGGACGUACAAAAUGUGGAGGAAAUUAACAGAAGAUUGGCACAGGAAAUAGAUCAAUGCAGACUUAUUGCUGAAGACACAAAGAAACAAAAGGCUGCCUUGGACAAUAUGGCUGCUGAAAUGGCAAAGCAAAAGCAAGACAUUGAGGCUAACCAAGCCCUUCUGGAAAAAGAGAAAAAUGAUCUUGAAAAGAAUUGUCUGGAUUUGCAGAGAAGAGAGGAAGAGUUGCAAUCGCAAAUUGCAAAGAUGACGAAAGAGAAAGAAGAAUUUGAUAAAAUCAGGAAAGAAAUAACCAUGAAGGUGCAAGAUGUUGAAGAUCAACAGUCUAUGAUCAAAAAUGUGAAAAAAGAGCUGGAACAAACAAAGGAGAAACUGAAAGAGGACCACGACGCUAUCACUCUUGAAAAGGAAGAGUUAGAGAAUGAGAAAAAACGACUUGACCAAUCAAUGGCCUCUAUGCAGAAGGAAAUGCAGGACAUGAGGAACGCUCUAGAAAAAGCCAAGAUGGACGUACAAAACCUGGAGGACAUUAACAGAAGACUGGCACAGGAAAUAGAUGAAUGCAGACUUAUUGCUGAAGACACAAAGAAACAAAAGGCUGCCUUGGACAAUAUGGCUGCUGAAAUGGCAAAGCAAAAGCAAGACAUUGAGGCUAACCAAGCCCUUCUGGAGGAAGACAAAAAUGAUUUUGAAAAGAAUUGUCUGGAUCUGCAGAGAAGAGAAGAGGAGUUGCAAUUGCAAAUUGGAAAGAUGAAGGAAGAGAAAGAAGAAGUUGAUAAAAUCAGGAAAGAAAUAACCAUGAAGGAGCAAGAUGUUGAAGAGCAACAGUCUAUGAUCAACAAUGUGAAGACAGAGCUAGAAAAAAUGAUGGUGAAACUGAAAGAGGACCAAGAAGCUAUGGCUCUUGAAAAGCAAGAGUUAGAGAAUGAGAGACAAAGACUUGAUCAGAAAAACGGAUCUAUGCAGAAGGAAAUGCAGGACAUGAGGAACGCUCUAGAAAAAGCCAAGAUGGACGUACAAAACGUGGAGGAAAUUAACAGACGAUUGGCACAGGAAAUAGAUGAAUGCAGACUUAUUGCUGAAGACACAAAGAAACAAAAGGCUGCCUUGGACAAUAUGGCUGCUGAAAUGGCGAAGCAAAAGCAGAACAUUGAGGCUAACCAAGCCCUUCUGGAAAAAGAGAAAAAUGAUCUUGAAAAGAAUUGUCUGGAUCUGCAGAGAAGAGAGGAGGAGUUGAAAUUGCAAAUUGCAAAGAUGAAGCAAGAGAAAGAAGAAUUUGAUAAAAUUAGGAAAGAAAUAACCAUGAAGGAGCAAGAUGUUGAAGAGCAACAGUCUAUGAUCAAAAAUGUGAAAAAAGAGCUGGAACAAACAAAGGAGAAACUGAAAGAGAACCAAGAAGCUAUAACUCUUGAAAAGGAAGAGUUAGAGAAUGAGAAAAAACGACUUGACCAAUCAAUGGCCUCUAUGCAGAAGGAAAUGCAGGACAUGAGGAACGCUCUAGAAAAAGCCAAGAUGGACAUACAAAACGUGGACGAAAUUAACAGAAGUUUGGCACAGGAAAUAGAUGAAUGCAGACUUAUUGCUGAAGACACAAAGAAACAAAAGGCUGCCUUGGACAAUAUGGCUGCUGAAAUGGCAAAGCAAAAGCAAGACAUUGAGGCUAACCAAGCCCUUCUGGAGGAAGACAAAAAUGAUUUUGAAAAGAAUUGUCUGGAUCUGCAGAGAAGAGAAGAGGAGUUGCAAUUGCAAAUUGGAAAGAUGAAGGAAGAGAAAGAAGAAUUUGAUAAAAUCAGGAAAGAAAUAACCAUGAAGGAGCAAGAUGUUGAAGAGCAACAGUCUAUGAUCAACAAUGUGAAGACAGAGCUAGAAAAAAUGAUGGUGAAACUGAAAGAGGACCAAGAAGCUAUGGCUCUUGAAAAGCAAGAGUUAGAGAAUGAGAGACAAAGACUUGAUCAGAAAAACGGAUCUAUGCAGAAGGAAAUGCAGGACAUGAGGAACGCUCUAGAAAAAGCCAAGAUGGACGUACAAAAUGUGGAGGAAAUUAACAGAAGAUUGGCACAGGAAAUAGAUGAAUGCAGACUUAUUGCUGAAGACACAAAGAAACAAAAGGCUGCCUUGGACAAUAUGGCUGCUGAAAUGGCAAAGCAAAAGCAAGACAUUGAGGCUAACCAAGCCCUUCUGGAAAAAGAGAAAAAUGAUCUUGAAAAGAAUUGUCUGGAUUUGCAGAGAAGAGAGGAAGAGUUGCAAUCGCAAAUUGCAAAGAUGACGAAAGAGAAAGAAGAAUUUGAUAAAAUCAGGAAAGAAAUAACCAUGAAGGUGCAAGAUGUUGAAGAUCAACAGUCUAUGAUCAAAAAUGUGAAAAAAGAGCUGGAACAAACAAAGGAGAAACUGAAAGAGGACCACGACGCUAUCACUCUUGAAAAGGAAGAGUUAGAGAAUGAGAAAAAACGACUUGACCAAUCAAUGGCCUCUAUGCAGAAGGAAAUGCAGGACAUGAGGAAUGCUCUAGAAAAAGCCAAGAUGGACGUACAAAACGUGGAAGAAAUUAACAGAAGUUUGGCACAGGAAAUAGAUGAAUGCAGACUUAUUGCUGAAGACACAAAGAAACAAAAGGCUGCCUUGGACAAUAUGGCUGCUGAAAUGGCAAAGCAAAAGCAAGACAUUGAGGCUAACCAAGCCCUUCUGGAAAAAGAGAAAAAUGAUCUUGAAAAGAAUUGUCUGGAUUUGCAGAGAAGAGAGGAGGAGUUGCAAGCACAAACUGCAAAUAUAACAAAAGAGAAAGAAGAAGUUGAUAAAAUCAGGAAAGAAAUAACCAUGAAGGAGCAAGAUGUUGAAGAGCAACAGUCUAUGAUCAACAAUGUGAAGACAGAGCUAGAAAAAAUGAUGGUGAAACUGAAAGAGGACCAAGAAGCUAUAACUCUUGAAAAGGAAGUUUUAGAGAAUGAGAGAAAAAGACUAGACCAAUCAAUGGCCUCUAUGGAGAAGGAAAUGCAGGACAUGAGGAAUGCUCUAGAAAAAGCCAAGAUGGACGUACAAAAUGUGGAGGAAAUUAACAGAAGAUUGGCACAGGAAAUAGAUGAAUGCAGACUUAUUGCUGAAGACACAAAGAAACAAAUGGCUGCCUUGGACAAUAUGGCUGCUGAAAUGGCAAAACAAAAGCAAGACAUUGAGGCUAAUCAAGCCCUUCUGGAAAAAGAGAAAAAUGAUCUUGAAAAGAAUUGUCUGGAUCUGCAGAGAAGAGAGGAAGAGUUGCAAUCGCAAAUUGCAAAGAUGAAGCAAGAGAAAGAAGAAGUUGAUAAAAUCAGGAAAGAAAUAACCAUGAAGGAGCAAGAUGUUGAAGAGCAACAGUCUAUGAUCAAAAAUGUGAAAAAAGAGCUGGAACAAACAAAGGAGAAACUGAAAGAGGACCACGACGCUAUCACUCUUGAAAAGGAAGAGUUAGAGAAUGAGAAAAAACGACUUGACCAAUCAAUGGCCUCUAUGCAGAAGGAAAUGCAGGACAUGAGGAAUGCUCUAGAAAAAGCCAAGAUGGACGUACAAAAUGUGGAGGAAAUUAACAGAAGACUGGCACAGGAAAUAGAUGAAUGCAGACUUAUUGCUGAAGACACAAAGAAACAAAAGGCUGCCUUGGACAAUAUGGCUGCUGAAAUGGCAAAGCAAAAGCAAGACAUUGAGGCUAACCAAGCCCUUCUGGAGGAAGACAAAAAUGAUUUUGAAAAGAAUUGUCUGGAUCUGCAGAGAAGAGAGGAGGAGUUGCAAGCACAAACUGCAAAUAUAACAAAAGAGAAAGAAGAAGUUGAUAAAAUCAGGAAAGAAAUAACCAUGAAGGAGCAAGAUGUUGAAGAGCAACAGUCUAUGAUCAACAAUGUGAAGACAGAGCUAGAAAAAAUGAUGGUGAAACUGAAAGAGGACCAAGAAGCUAUAACUCUUGAAAAGGAAGUUUUAGAGAAUGAGAGAAAAAGACUAGACCAAUCAAUGGCCUCUAUGGAGAAGGAAAUGCAGGACAUGAGGAACGCUCUAGAAAAAGCCAAGAUGGACGUACAAAAUGUGGAGGAAAUUAACAGAAGAUUGGCACAGGAAAUAGAUGAAUGCAGACUUAUUGCUGAAGACACAAAGAAACAAAAGGCUGCCUUGGACAAUAUGGCUGCUGAAAUGGCAAAGCAAAAGCAAGACAUUGAGGCUAACCAAGCCCUUCUGGAAAAAGAGAAAAAUGAUCUUGAAAAGAAUUGUCUGGAUUUGCAGAGAAGAGAGGAAGAGUUGCAAUCGCAAAUUGCAAAGAUGACGAAAGAGAAAGAAGAAUUUGAUAAAAUCAGGAAAGAAAUAACCAUGAAGGAGCAAGAUGUUGAAGAUCAACAGUCUAUGAUCAAAAAUGUGAAAAAAGAGCUGGAACAAACAAAGGAGAAACUGAAAGAGGACCACAACGCUAUCACUCUUGAAAAGGAAGAGUUAGAGAAUGAGAAAAAACGACUUGACCAAUCAAUGGCCUCUAUGCAGAAGGAAAUGCAGGACAUGAGGAACGCUCUAGAAAAAGCCAAGAUGGACGUACAAAAUGUGGAGGAAAUUAACAGACGAUUGGCACAGGAAAUAGAUGAAUGCAGACUUAUUGCUGAAGACACAAAGAAACAAAUGGCUGCCUUGGACAAUAUGGCUGCUGAAAUGGCAAAACAAAAGCAAGACAUUGAGGCUAACCAAGCCCUUCUGGAAAAAGAGAAAAAUGAUCUUGAAAAGAAUUGUCUGGAUCUGCAGAGAAGAGAGGAAGAGUUGCAAUCGCAAAUUGCAAAGAUGAACCAAGAGAAAGAAGAAGUUGAUAAAAUCAGGAAAGAAAUAACCAUGAAGGAGCAAGAUGUUGAAGAUCAACAGUCUAUGAUCAAAAAUGUGAAAAAAGAGCUGGAACAAAUGAAGGAGAAACUGAAAGAGAACCAAGAAGCUAUAACUCUUGAAAAGAAAGAGUUAGAGAAUGAGAGAAAAAGACUUGACCAAUCAAUGGCCUCUAUGCAGAAGGAAAUGCAGGACAUGAGGAAUGCUCUAGAAAAAGCCAAGAUGGACGUACAAAAUGUGGAGGAAAUUAACAGAAGAUUGGCACAGGAAAUAGAUGAAUGCAGACUUAUUGCUGAAGACACAAAGAAACAAAUGGCUGCCUUGGACAAUAUGGCUGCUGAAAUGGCAAAACAAAAGCAAGACAUUGAGGCUAACCAAGCCCUUCUGGAAAAAGAGAAAAAUGAUCUUGAAAAGAAUUGUCUGGAUCUGCAGAGAAGAGAGGAAGAGUUGCAAUUGCAAAUUGCAAAGAUGAAGCAAGAGAAAGAAGAAUUUGAUAAAAUCAGGAAAGAAAUAACCAUGAAGGAGCAAGAUGUUGAAGAGCAACAGUCUAUGAUCAAAAAUGUGAAAAAAGAGCUGGAACAAACAAAGGAGAAACUGAAAGAGGACCAAGAAGCUAUCACUCUUGAAAAGGAAGAGUUAGAGAAUGAGAAAAAACGACUUGACCAAUCAAUGGCCUCUAUGCAGAAGGAAAUGCAGGACAUGAGGAACGCUCUAGAAAAAGCCAAGAUGGACGUACAAAACGUGGAGGAAAUUAACAGAAGUUUGGCACAGGAAAUAGAUGAAUGCAGACUUAUUGCUGAAGACACAAAGAAACAAAAGGCUGCCUUGGACAAUAUGGCUGCUGAAAUGGCAAAGCAAAAGCAAGACACUGAGGCUAAUCAAGACCUUCUGGAGAAAGAGAAAAAUGAUCUGGAAAAGAAAUGUCUGGAUUUGCAGAGAAGAGAGGAGGAGUUGCAAUCGCAAAUUGCAAAGAUGAAGCAAGAGAAAGAAGAAGUUGAUAAAAUCAGGAAAGAAAUAACCAUGAAGGAGCAAGAUGUUGAAGAGCAACAGUCUAUGAUCAACAAUGUGAAGACAGAGCUAGAAAAAAUGAUGGUGAAACUGAAAGAGGACCAAGAAGCUAUGGCUCUUGAAAAGCAAGAGUUAGAGAAUGAGAGACAAAGACUUGAUCAGAAAAACGGAUCUAUGCAGAAGGAAAUGCAGGACAUGAGGAACGCUCUAGAAAAAGCCAAGAUGGACGUACAAAACGUGGAGGAAAUUAACAGACGAUUGGCACAGGAAAUAGAUGAAUGCAGACUUAUUGCUGAAGACACAAAGAAACAAAAGGCUGCCUUGGACAAUAUGGCUGCUGAAAUGGCGAAGCAAAAGCAGAACAUUGAGGCUAACCAAGCCCUUCUGGAAAAAGAGAAAAAUGAUCUUGAAAAGAAUUGUCUGGAUCUGCAGAGAAGAGAGGAGGAGUUGAAAUUGCAAAUUGCAAAGAUGAAGCAAGAGAAAGAAGAAUUUGAUAAAAUUAGGAAAGAAAUAACCAUGAAGGAGCAAGAUGUUGAAGAGCAACAGUCUAUGAUCAAAAAUGUGAAAAAAGAGCUGGAACAAACAAAGGAGAAACUGAAAGAGAACCAAGAAGCUAUAACUCUUGAAAAGGAAGAGUUAGAGAAUGAGAAAAAACGACUUGACCAAUCAAUGGCCUCUAUGCAGAAGGAAAUGCAGGACAUGAGGAACGCUCUAGAAAAAGCCAAGAUGGACGUACAAAACGUGGACGAAAUUAACAGAAGUUUGGCACAGGAAAUAGAUGAAUGCAGACUUAUUGCUGAAGACACAAAGCAACAGAAGGAUGCCUUGGAGAAGAUUGGUGCUGAAAUGGCAAAGCAAAAGCAAGACACUGAGGCUAAUCAAGACCUUCUGGAGAAAGAGAAAAAUGAUCUGGAAAAGAAAUGUCUGGAUUUGCAGAGAAGAGAGGAGGAGUUGCAAGCACAAACUGCAAAUAUAACAAAAGAGAAAGAAGAAGUUGAUAAAAUCAGGAAAGAAAUAACUAUGAAGGAGCAAGAUGUUGAAGAGCAACAGUCUAUGAUCAACAAUGUGAAGACAGAGCUAGAAAAAAUGAUGGUGAAACUGAAAGAGGACCAAGAAGCUAUGGGUCUUGAAAAGCAAGAGUUAGAGAAUGAGAGACAAAGACUUGAUCAGAAAAACGGAUCUAUGCAGAAGGAAAUGCAGGACAUGAGGAACGCUCUAGAAAAAGCCAAGAUGGACGUACAAAACGUGGAGGAAAUUAACAGACGAUUGGCACAGGAAAUAGAUGAAUGCAGACUUAUUGCUGAAGACACAAAGAAACAAAAGGCUGCCUUGGACAAUAUGGCUGCUGAAAUGGCGAAGCAAAAGCAGAACAUUGAGGCUAACCAAGCCCUUCUGGAAAAAGAGAAAAAUGAUCUUGAAAAGAAUUGUCUGGAUCUGCAGAGAAGAGAGGAAGAGUUGCAAUCGCAAAUUGCAAAGAUGAAGCAAGAGAAAGAAGAAGUUGAUAAAAUUAGGAACGAAAUAACCAUGAAGGAGCAAGAUGUUGAAGAGCAAAAGUCUAUGAUCAAAAAUGUGAAAAAAGAGCUGGAACAAACAAAGGAGAAACUGAAAGAGGACCAAGAAGCUAUCAAUCUUGAAAAGGAAGAGUUAGAGAAUGAGAAAAAAAGACUUGACCAAUCAAUGGCCUCUAUGCAGAAGGAAAUGCAGGACAUGAGGAACGCUCUAGAAAAAGCCAUGAUGGACGUACAAAACCUUGAGGAAAUUAACACAACAUUGGCACAGGAAAUAGAUGAAUGCAGACUUAUUGUUGAAUACACAAUGAAACAGAAGGAUGCCUUGGAGAAGAUGGCUGCUGAAAUGGCAAAGCAAAAGCAAGACAUUGAGACUAAGCAAGCACUUCUGGAGAAAGAGAAAAAUGAUCUUGAAAAGAAUUGUCUGGAUUUUCAGAGAAGAGAGGAGGAGUUGCAAUCGCAGAUCAGACAUCAAAACCAAAAAGAAGACAGUGAAAAACUGGCAAGUGGAGAGUAUGAGAGCAAGGAGAAAACUAAAGACUUGAGUAUAACGAAACGUCAUACAGAAAAUGACAAAGUUGAUCUAGAGGGAACAGAUAAUAUGCUAGUAACAAUCAAAAUAGAUGCUCAAACUCAAACUUAUAUGGAGGCCAAUGAGGAAAGGUUUGGCACAGGAGCUGUGCAAUCCGAUCAAGACAUUUGUCAAGAAACUGACAGUAAACAUCAAAGUGAAAAGAUGGAAAUGAAAAGUAAUUUCAUGGAGCAGAUUAAGUUAGAAACCCAGAGGCUGAGAGAUGAAGCAGACUGUUUAACACAAAUUUGUCAAAGCAGAAGACAAGAACUAUGGCAAAUAGAAGAAGAAUUACAAAACCACAGUGAGAAAAUGCGAAGAAAUGAGAAGCUACAAGAGAUCAAUGUCAAACAAACAUAUCAGCAGGAAGCAAAAUACAAGAAAAAAGACAAAAGCAUACAGUGUAAACUUGAAAUACAUAUGAAAGACACCGAAACCAUGACAGAGCCUACUACUGAACACAAAGUCACCGAGACAGCUAUUACUCACAAGGAUGCUCUGACAGACAAAAACGUCAUUAAAGACAUAAGUAGGACAAUAGAGAACAUGGAGAAAGAACUACAGAAUCGAUUACAAGAAAUUCACAAAAAUGAAAUAAAGAAAGUUGGACUACAGAAAGAAAAAAUCGAGCAGGAGCUGAAGAAAGAUAUGCUUUAUAAUGAAAGAGAAACAGAGAGGCAGAAAAUCACUGAGAAGGAAAAACAAAUCAUUUUGUUAAAGGAGUGUAUGCUUUUAGAGAUCAACCAAUUAAAGAGCAAGAGAAAAGAUUCAAACACCAAAUACCUACAAAGGAUGGAGGAACUCAUCAAUGAAACAGCCACAAUUAAAGACAGAAUCAGGCAUGUGACUGACAAAGCUGUACAAACAGCGACAGAGGAGAGACAAGAGGGGAAUACAAAAGAAGUGGAGGAAUGGUCUGCCAAACAGGUGGAGGGAAUUCGGACAGAAGGACUAACGGAGCUUGCUAGUGCUUCUCUUCAUGUGCUGAGUGAUGACAGGAAUGAGAGACUAAGUAGAAAGGCUCCAAGGGAAGCAAAAACUAAAAAUGUCUUACAAAGACGGGGGCUCCUGCAAUGGCUCAGGCAGUGCUGCAAUUGUUGCCCUAGUGAAAUUAAACAAGAAGAACAAAGCAUUUCAGAUUCUUGAAGUCAAACAAGCAUUGUUCCCACAAUCGAAAUAUAUUAAAUAAGAUUUUUUCUCCCCCCUAAACAAAGCCUUCUACAACUUCAGAUGUUGUAUGAAACUCCUGUGGUAAUUGCUACAUAAGUCAAAAUGGACUUGUGAUUUAUUUUUCACUGAAUGUGAGACAACUUUGUUGUGCUUAUUGUUAUGACUAUUAUGCAUAAAUAAUUAUCUGAAUUAUAUAGUAAUGAACAAUUUAUUAUUUUUAUUGAUAAAUUGACUACUGACCAAUUUUCCAAUUUUCAAUAUUUUAUCAGAUUUUCUGGAUGCAUGCAUGUGUGUGUGUGUGUGUGUGUGUGUGUGUGAGACAUAUCUGGUACAAAUAUACAACUAAUCUGCUUUGCUAUUUGAACUAACUUUUCAUUCUUAUUUGAUGUAGUAUUGUAACACAAUGCUGGAAUAGUUAAAAAACUUUUGUCAUGGCUCCCUGUGUGAUAAGGUUGAAGGUAAAAUGCACAUAUCCAGUAUACCUACAUAUUUCAUCUUACACCCGUAUACUUAUACUUGUAUUGUAGACAAUUAGGAUUCAGGUGCUGGUACCCAAAAAACAAAUUUUUCUAAUUAAGUUAGAAAGACAGCAGGGUCUCCCACACUCCCUCAUGAUUUCAAUGGACAUACCUGUCGGCUGUAAGUAAUAAUUGGUGGCUAAAUCAAACACUAACCUUGCAUAGACAGAGAGCAAGUCUUUCCUAUUCAAGUGUUUGAGGAUGUCACACAGCCAUUGGUUUGGAAACGGUGUUGGCUACAUGGUCAUCGGAGGAGGACUGUGCUAGUCUUCACUAGUCUAAACUGUCAUUGUCAGGUGAUGAGGGAAAGACCUCUGGCUUGAAAGAAUCUGAAUCCCUUAAAGCAUUGAGUCGAUAAGGUCACAAAUUUACAUUGGAAUAUGGAUGAUGUUGCAAACUUACCUUAAAAAACAGUGAGCAGUGAAACAUUAAUUAGUUCACCAGAUUAAAACAUAAAAAUUAGAUUGACAUAGAAACGAGUUAACACUAAUUUUUUAUCCAUCUUUCAAUAAAUGGAACCUUUUGAAUUAAUAAA